GCGGCCAAGCAUAUGCUACGUAGGCGUCGACAGUUCUAUCCCGGGGCGUAUCGGCAAGAUGUUGUUGUGAUGAAUAUUAUGUUCUCACAAGUGGUACCGGCCCGUUAUGAUGCAUAUCAGAAUGCCAAGGAAGUGGAUAAGAAAAGGUUUUUGUGGGAUUCAGAUGUGAUAUCAAUGAUUACGGGAAUUGACAAUCAAUUUCUGGCAUCGUGGAAGGGAGUAGACACUGUAUAUUGGUGCUAGAACUACCUACAAAUGCAUUGGUUUGCAGUUGAAGCCUCCAUUUCUACUUGUACUCUGAAUGUUUAUGAUUCGGACGUGGCCGUGAUAAGUGAUAAACAACUGCAAUCGUUUAUGAAGUCAUGGUCUACUUUGUUCCCAUCGUUGUUAUUGCAGUCACAACUUUUCAAGGACGACCCUCGGUUGACGAUUCCACCUGGAGCUAAAAGAUGCAAAGAGUUCAAUGUGCACCGCAUGCCAGUUGAUUCAGUACCCCAAACCAAAGUCAGUGGAGAUUGUGGUGUGUACGCCAUCAAGUUCACUCCACACUCUAUAGCUGUUGCAGCUGCAUGGGGACAAGGUGUGCCUAUGAGCUGGAAUACCCCACAUGAGCAUGAUUUUGUCAUCAAAUUCACCUUAGCAUUGUUGUCUGCACCAGUUACAUGA